ACUCAAACGAAUAUGUAAUAUAUGAAAAACUAUAUUUUCUCAAUUUUGUAGUUAAUUUUUCUGUAUUUUCUCAAUCUUGUAGUUAAUUUUUCUAAAUUUUCUCAAAUUUGUAGUUAAUUCUGUUUAUAAUGUUUGAUUAUAAGUAUUUAAGUGAAAAACACUUGAAAGGUUUUAAAAAUUAUAAGUACAGUGCGAUAGACACGAGCCCACUCAGCAAAUAUGUGAUGCAUCCAGCUUGGAACACUGCUGUAAAGAUAUUCCCAAAAUGGGUAGCUCCAAAUCUACUCACAUUCCUCGGGUUUGUCUGCAUGCUUGUUAACGUUAUACUCUUAAUGUACUACGACUACAAUCUCACGGCGUCCGGAGGAGACCCGGGGGCGAAACCUAUACCGCAGUGUAUCUUCACAAUCUGUGGUGUUCUGUUGUUCUUGGCUUAUAAUUUGGAUGGAAUAGACGGCAAGCAAGCCCGGAGGCUCGGAGUGUCCGGCCCUCUGGGAGAGAUGUUCGACCACGGCAUCGACUCCUAUAUCGUGUUUCUCAUUCCGUUCUGCCUGUUCUCUGUGUAUGGGAGGGAUGAGUACUCUAUUUCUGUGUUUAGGGGCUACUUAGUAGUUGUAAGCGUAGUUCUCAAUUUCUACGUGAGUCACUGGGAGAAAUACAACACAGGAAUCCUAUAUUUGCCCUGGGGAUAUGACCUAAGCAUGUGGGUGUCCAGUAUAAUGUUCCUAGUAGCUGGUUUCCACGGUCCCGAGGUAUACAAGACACACAUACUGGGUAUGACCUUUGUACAAGCGCUGGAGAUAGCCAUCCACGCCACUGGUCUCUUCACCACGCUGCCUAUCGCUGUGUAUAAUGUUAUUUUGUCAUACAAAAAUCGUACAGGCAAAAUGUACUCAUUACUGGAUGCACUUAGACCAAUAUGGCCAAUACUAAUAAUGAUGGGAACGAUGACGUCUUGGGCUGUGACGUCACAGGGAAUCAUCGAGCGCGAUUUGAGAGCAUUCCUCCUGCUGUUUGGCACACUUUUUAGUAAUAUUGCGAGUCGUCUAAUAGUAGCAGAGAUGAGCGAACAGAAAUGUGACACUAUUUGCUGGAUAAACGUGCCCCUAGUGUUCGGAGUGGGAGCAGCGAAAUAUCUGCCCCAAUACGAACUGGGCAUUUUAUACUUGCUGGCUGUGUUUGCGAUUUGUGCCCAUAUACAUUAUGGAGUGUGUGUGGUCCGGCAAAUGUGCGAUCACUUCAAAGUGCAAUGUUUCAAAGUUCCUAAAGAAAAGAUAAAAUAGAGGAUAAGAACAGUGCUGUUUUAUUA